UCGUUCAAACAGCAUCCACAGACUUCAACCACCACCAUCAUCAAAUGCAAGGUCAUCACCAGAAUCAUCACCAACAGUUAUCAUCAGCCUCGGCCACGUCUUCCAAUGGAAACUUCAUGAACAAAGAUGGAUAUGAUCUUGGAGAGAUAGACCCAUCACUCUUCCUCUAUCUUGAUGGACAAGGACAUCAUGAUCCUCCAUCAACUGCUCCUUUACCUCAUCAUCACACGAACCAGAAUUUGGCGAUGAGACCUCCAACAUCAACGCUCAACAUCUUUCCAUCUCAACCUAUGCACAUAGAGCCACCUCCUUCUUCAACACCCAAUACCGAUAAUACAAGAUUGGCUGCACCUAGUAGUUCAACUCGACCAUCUUCUGAGCCGUCCAUGGACUUGGCCAAUCAUUCUCAGUUUCAACUUCCUCAGCCUUCUAAAUCAAUUAAGAAAGAAGGGAACCGCAAGGGUCCUGCCUCAUCGGACUACGACAUACCAAAAUCAUCAGACCCUAAGACAUUGAGAAGACUAGCACAGAACAGAGAAGCAGCAAGGAAAAGCAGAUUACGAAAAAAAGCUUAUGUUCAGCAACUUGAGUCAUGUAGGAUCAAGCUAAGCCAACUAGAACAAGAGAUUCAACGGGCCAGAUCCCAAGGCGUAUUUUUCGGAGGGUCUCUUAUAGGAGGAGAUCAACAGCAAGGCGGACUACCCACUGGUCCCGGCAACACCAGCUCUGCAGAAGCAGCGGUGUUUGAUAUGGAAUACACGAGGUGGCUAGAGGAGCAGCAGAGGCUGUUAACCGAACUAAGGAUGGCUACACAAGAGCACUUGGCCGAGAACGAGCUUAGGAUGUUUGUAGACAAUUGUUUAGCUCACUAUGACCAUUUGAUUAACCUCAAGGCCAUGGUCGCUAAGACCGAUGUGUUCCACCUUAUCUCUGGCGCUUGGAAAACUCCAGCCGAACGUUGCUUCUUGUGGAUGGGAGGUUUCCGCCCAUCUGAGAUCAUUAAGGUGAUUGUGAAUCAGAUAGAACAAUUGACAGAGCAACAAAUAGUUGGGAUUUGUGGGCUGCAACAGUCCACACACGAGGCAGAAGAGGCACUCUCACAAGGUCUUGAGGCAUUGAAUCAGUCGCUUUCCGAUAGUAUUGUAUCCGACUCUCUUUCGCCUGCCUCUGCACAAUUUCCUCCUCAUCUAUCCAAUUUUAUGUCACACAUGUCCUUAGCUCUCAACAAACUCUCUGCUCUAGAGGGCUUCGUUCUUCAGGCGGAUAAUCUGAGGCACCAAACGAUCCAUAGGUUGAACCAAUUGUUGACGACCCGUCAAGAAGCACGUUGUAUUCUAGCCGUUGCGGAGUAUUUCCACCGUCUUCAGGCUCUAAGUUCUCUCUGGCUAGCCCGUCCACGCCAAGAUGGAUGAUACCACUGAUGAGGAGAAAAACAAGAGAAUCGGUUGAUUAGUUAGCCAGCUUGACCUCUUUUAUGAUAUUUUCUACAAAACUUAAUAUAUCAGUCCAUAUAAAUAUGCUUUUAUGAUGCAGAUGAUAAUAGAAAAGUAUUUCAUACCUUUAAUUCUUCUUUGAGCAUGUGAAAGUCAAGACUUGAUCUUCGAUUCCAAACACAAGAACAUAGACAGUGACUUAUUUUUAUAAAAAUAUGAAAAACAAGUGAAAGGUAAGAGGAGAAGUCUGGCAACAACUUUGCGAUUGCAUGCAAGAAUGAGGACAGAGAGACAGAAAGAAAGAGGAAUAGUUAGGUCAAAAUUAAGCAUCGGCGAGUUAGGAAGGUGACAAAUGGUGAGUCUUGUAGGAAACAAUCAGGGACUUUGGGAUCAGUACCGUUUUGCUCUGGGUUCAACGGCCUCUUUCUCAUUCAUCUUUACUUUUCAUGUCUUUGCUGUCAGCUGUUUUUGUCUAAAAAAAACUUUAAACGAUGGUGAAACAACGAAACAAGAAUUUAUUUUACUCCACAAAAACUAGAUUGAUUCUAUUUA